AAUGGAUCAAGCCAUCAUUUUUUGCCGAACGAAAUUAGACUGUGAUAAUUUAGAAUUGUAUUUGAAAAGUCAUGAGAAUCAACGAGGAGAGCUCAGCUGUGUAUGUUUACACGGCGAUAGAAGACCCAAUGAAAGGACAAGCAAUUUGCAAAAAUUUAAGAAAAGAGAGGUCAAAUUUCUCAUAUGUACUGAUGUAGCUGCCAGAGGAUUGGAUAUUUCAAAAUUACCCUACGUAAUUAACGUUACUUUGCCGGAUGAGAAGCAGAAUUACGUGCAUAGAAUAGGCAGAGUUGGACGAGCAGAGAGAAUGGGUCUGGCUAUAUCAUUUGUUUCAGCUGUGAAGGAAAAAGUUUGGUAUCAUUCCAAUUGCUCAAAUCGAGGAAAAAACUGCUAUAAUACUUUACUAACUGAUCACGGAGGGUGCUGUAUCUGGUACAACGAACCUCAGUACCUGGCCGACAUUGAAGAACAUCUAGGCGUCACCAUUGACAAUGUCGGUACAGAUUUAGAUGUUCCGGUGAAUGAAUUCGAUGGAAAAGUUUCUUACGGACAAAAGAGGAAAGUUGGUGGUGGAACGUACAAAGGCCACGUUGAUAUUCUAGCUCCGGCAGUCCAAGAAUUGGCAAAUUUAGAAAAACGCGCUCAAACAUCAUUUUUAAGCUUUGCUCACGAGAAACCAUUUAUAUCAACUCAAUAA